AUGGGUAAGGGUGACAUUGAGGCGGGGAUCCACCAUGGCGGCCUGUAUCCGUCGAUGAUAGAGUCGCCCGAGCUCCGGUGGGGUUUCAUCCGUAAAGUCUAUACCAUUGUUUCAAUUCAGCUUCUUUGCACAGCUGCUUUUGCUUCCUUGUUCGUGUUUUUUCCUCCCGCGAGGGAAUUCGUUCGUUACAAUCAACUUCGUCUCAUUGUCUUGAUUGUUGCGGUCAUCUUCACCAUCAUAGUUUUGUUUGCAUUGAGCAAAUAUUAUAAUAAACAUCCGGUGAAUCUAAUUCUUCUUGGUCUCUAUACUCUUUGCAUGUCUGUAAGUGUUGGAUUCGUUUGUGCUUUAUCCAAAGCAAUGAUUGUCUUAGAGGCAGCACUUCUAACUGGUGUGGUGGUUCUUUGUUUAACACUUUACACAUUUUGGGGAGUUAAAAGAGGCAAAGAUUUUAGUUUUCUUGGUCCAUUUCUCUUUGCUUCACUUAUGGUAUUGUUAACGUUUGGACUUAUUCAGAUGUUUUUCCCUCUUGGACCAAUUGGACGUAUGGUAUAUUCUGGUUUGGGAGCAUUAUUAAUGUGUGGUUUCAUUGUCUAUGAUACUUGUGACCUUAUUAAAAGAUACUCCUAUGAUGAUUACAUUUGGGCUGCCAUUUCUAUCUAUGGUGACAUUAUCAACCUCUUCAUCUAUAUUCUUACAUUUUUGAAUGAUCUCUAG